GUGGGGGUGUCAAGGGAUGGUCGAUGGGUUGUCACUGCAGGUGGAGAUGACUUUAAUCACGCUGGGGAGCUCAAAGUCUGGGAGGUUGAGACGGGGAUCGUGAGAACAUUUGAAGGCCAUUCAGGGCAUAUCCGCUGCAUUGAUAUUUCCGCGGACAGCACCCUUCUAGCGAGUUCUGGGGUAUAUGAUACAGUGCGGGUAUGGAGCUUGGACACCGGCCAACUCAUAUUCGAGAUAGCUGAUGCAACGGGACCCGGAGCUGUUCGAUUCUCGCAAGACUCGAAGAAACUCGCAGUCAAUUCAAGCGUGGCGAAGUGUCUCCAGGUGUGGGAUAUUAAAACGCAGAAAUUGGUUGUCAGAGUGGGGAAAGAAUAUGCUAGCGGAGUCAUCAAACAUGCGUCAGUGUUUUGGACAACCAAAGACAAAACAAUCGUGGCCGCAUUUAACUUCAAGUAUGACGAUUACAACAUGACCAUGACCGAUAUCGAUCGGCGCGAGUACUACUAUGACGAGCCCAAGACAAUCUAUGAGUUCGAUGCAUCGACACUGCAGACAGUCGGAGCUCCCUUCGAAGGGCACAUUCGCGGCAUCCAUGAUCUAGCACUUUCAUUUGAUGGUGCUAUUCUUGCUGGUGCUUGCUUAUCCACCAUCAAGCUCUGGGCGUUUGAGUCCCGCCAACUCCUAGCCUCGUUCGAUAUCGGUAUUCUUCACCACCUCAUCUUCUCACCCAACUCACACCAACUGGCAUACACCAUUUACCCGCAAACCGACUUGAAUAUCUACAUAUGUGACAUUCCACCCCACAUCCUUACCACUAUCCAGUCUACACAAGAAGCGCAGCCUAAUAUAAGUGCAGCUACAAAUCCACAACUCCUUAAUGUACGUUAUCUCUACUCUCCAACGCAAACACGUCGUGCCACGCGCCGUAACCCAAUACAAUCACCUAUCUUCCCCCGCCCACAAAGAGAUUUCCCCACAAUAUACCCACAGGAGCAUACUUUUCUUCGUUACCUUCGCAAAAUGCUUCCUUCUCGCAUGACCCCUGUUCGGACUGAUCAGCCCCGUGAUCCUCUGGAUUUCCCUGCUACUUUGCCCCUACCUCACAGCACCUCUCCCUCUGGGCAAGCCACGAGUCACGCGCAUUCGGAUAUGAAUCCCCAGAACGCUCGACACAUAUCAGCACCCAAAUCCUCUGCCACUGCUCCCACCACCUUCAAGACACGACCACACCACCUAUCAACCUGGUGGCCCGCUCGUGCGACUCAUGCAUCACCGCCUAUUGUCGAUGUUCCUCUUGCUCCGGGUAAAUUGCGCUAUGCUACAGCGGGUGCUCCCACAUUUGACGAGGACUUGAUUCGUGAUGAAGACUAUGUUCCUUCUACUCCUCCUUCACCUCAUCCAAAUUCGCAACGACCUUCCACAGGAGUGCAGGUUACCGCCGGACAGCAUGGAAGUGGCCGGUUGUGUGGCUGCUUCUAAACUGGUCUCGUGAACAUUUUACUUUUGAUUGUUAUCAUCCGGCAUGCAAGUACAGCCCUCCAUUACAUGCUGUAUUAUUGUAUCUCCGGGACGGAUAUAUGAAGCAGCAUCGCAUGAUUUAGUUCUGCACGAGUGCCAAGGCUU